CGGUUGGGUUAAUGUUAAUGGGUUCCCUAUAAUUAAACCACCCACAAUAUAAUAUGUCUGUUCUUUUUCCAAUACUUAGGAAUAUUUUCAAGGGUUUCACAAAUAUUAUCUGAAAUUCAGUCCCUUUAUCAUAGAAUUUGACGAACCAAUUUCUUCUCACUCUAAGCGCUCUUGCAUUACUCAUCAGAACGAUUCAUAUACAUACAGGGCUGAAAUUUGAAGUUCUUAAAGGCCAGGAAGCUUUUCUGAAAUUCUUAAUUUUUGUUAUUGAAUUUACAUUUUAUUUAAAAAUUGUGCAUAUAAUUAUAUCUGCUUGAUUCUGCUCUGUAUAUGUUCUUCAUUAAUGCUAAUUUUUUCCAGAUCAUAUCCGAGCCAAAGUUGUGCAUCGUACUUUUUUCACACACAUUCAAAGCAGUGUUACUAAACCCGGAGCCAGACGCCAAAUUGGUCCGGUCCCACCCCGCCAAAACCCAGAAAAAAUUGGGUUGUGUACCUUAAGCAUCAUUGAAUCCCCAAUGCCUGUUUCCGACUUUCAAAAAAUCCUACUUAGUACAACAAAGUCUUGGAAUGGAGAUCAAUAGAGUGGAAGCCCUUAAGGCAAAAGAAGUUGCAGAGAAGAAGCUGUUGGAUAAGGACUUCAUUGGUGCCCGAGUUUUCGCUCUAAAAGCCCAAAACCUGUUUGCGGGCCUAGAUGGGCUCGCAAAACUGGUUGAAGUCAUCAACGUCUACUGUAACAUCCGGAAGACGAUCAAUGGAGAAGUAGACUGGUACGCUAUCCUCGGCGUGGAUUCUUUGGCAGACAACCAAACGUUGUGGAAGCAUUAUACGAGGAUGUCUUUGACCCUUCAGCCCCACAAGAACGACUCUUGCAGGGCCAGUGGGGCCUACAAGAUACUCUCUGAAGCCUGGAGUCUCUUGUCUGAUCCUGCUAAAAGAGCUAGCUAUGACAUGCGACAACGGCUUGCUGUAACGACCGCCGCUAGUAAUAUCCGGCCAACCACCACACAACUACCACCACCACCGGCUUUCCUGCCAGGGAGAAAGACCUUCUGGACUAAAUGCAGCACCUGUGGCACACAUUUCGAGUACUCAGUAGUCUACCUCCACAAACUCCUCGCCUGCGCCCACUGCCAUUCGCCAUUUUGGGCAACAGAGGAAAGGGCUCAUUUAGAUCGGCUAUUCCCAAAAUGCCCCUCUCCUGGGGCGAGACUCCUUCCAACUCCUCCAAACAUGGCAACAAUGCCGUCUAAAAUGUCUUCUGGGGUUGGCCAAAUGAGGCCAAUGGUGCCACCUUCCUGUCCAGCUACUGCUACACAAGCAGAGGAAUUCAGGUUCAAAAGAAAGAGGAUGAUGGCUCAAAUAAUGGCUUCAAAAGAAAAUGCUUCAGUGAAUAAAAAAACCAAACCCAAAGUUAUGGGGGUGGAGAUGCGCAAUAUGCUAAUAGGGAAGGCCUUAUCAGAAGUAAAAAAGAAACUAGAGCAAUGGGAUUAUGUUACAGAGAAAGAUGAGAAAUAUGACAAUGACAAGCUGAAGAAGAAGAAGAAGAAGAACAAGAAGUCAUCAUCAGAUAAUCUUCUUCUUGAGUCUUCAACAAUGAGUGUUCCAGAUUCAGAGUUUCAUGAUUUUGAUAAGGACAGAAUGGAAGAAUCUUUUGCAGAGAAUGAAGUAUGGGCUGCUUAUGACUGUGAUGAUGGGAUGCCAAGAUAUUAUGCCAUGAUCAAGAAGGUGAUGUCCAAAAGACCAUUCAAGACAUGCAUCAGUUGGUUGAACUCCAAGACUAACAGUGAACUGGGACCUAUGAAAUGGGUUGUUUCUGGGUUUCCCAAAACCAGUGGUGACUUCUGGAUGGGCAAGUCUGUGGUCAACGCUUCCCUCAACACAUUCUCCCACAAGGUUAGGUGGACAAAAGGUCCCCGCGGUGUCAUCCGGAUCUACCCGAGUAAAGGCGACGUUUGGGCUCUGUACAGCGAGUGGUCACCCGAAUGGAACGAGUUGACUCUGGACGGUGUGGUUCACAAGUAUGAGAUGGUUCAAAUAGUCAAUGAAUUCGAGGACGGAGUUGCUAGGGUUGUUCCCCUAGUCAAAGUGCAUGGUCAUAGGUCGGUGUUUAAGCAGCACGCGGACCCCAACGAAAUCCGUUCUAUCACAAAAGAAGAGAUUUUCAGGCUAUCCCACCAAAUCCCUUCUUUUGUGAUAACAGGUUCUGAAGGUCCGAACGCUCCCCCCUCUGUGGGGUUUCUCGAGCUCGAUCCCGCUGCCUUGCCUCCUGAACUCCUCGAUGUCAUAAGAGUUGAGGAACAUGGGAAGGAGGUGGGAGGAGAAGGGAGGCCCCACGGUCAAGAACCCGACAUUGUGGACCCACGCUUUCGUUUGACAUAUUUCAGAAAACGAAAGGGGAAAAAGUCAACGAUUAAGAGGCUGAUGAGAUGAUGACACCCAGUGAUCAAAGGGAAUAGAGCCUCUUUUGAAAUGACAAUGAAGAGUACAUAGAACUAUAGAAGAGCACUGACUUUUUGGAAUUAGGGCCAAAUGUAUAGAAUGUUAAAGAUAGGUGAUCAAAUGAAACCAAACCUCUUAUGGAGUGACAAUGAAGAGUACAAAGAAGAGAUUUUUUUUGUAAUGUAACAUUAAAUGGUUGUAAAGAGUAUAGGUAGAAAUAUGUAGUUUUUGACAUUAAAAAUGAAAUAGUUAUGGAUUU